GAAAGGCUAACCAAAUUGCUAAUUGAAAAAAGUUUUUAAUCCCUGACUCAAAUUUAGCUAUGCAUAUGUAGUUACAUUAUUGUCUUACACAGUUUUCAUUUCCAACAUGGAAGGAAAUGGUACAUGGAACAGUGCUGUAUGUCGCUGGGUGCAGUUUUGGUUUGCUUAGUCCACAGCCUGGAGGACAGAGUAGUGUGGGAAAUAAACUGUGCCUGGAUGCAUAGCUCUGCCACAUCAGGAGUGUAAACAUAGUUGCCCCAUAACAUUUGCACUGACUGCAGCUCUUCUGCAGAUACGGAGCAGUCAGUCCUGUAGUCUUCCAAAAACUGAGUUAAUCUGGAGGGAACUAUAAUGGGUGGCUAAUUGGUGGAGGCACAGGAUUCUUUCUUUAAAUUAACAAACAAACAAAAAAAAUCAGACUUGGCUUCAGUUAUGGUGUUCAACAUCCCACCCUGAUGAGUCAAUAACUGGUUAUGACAGUGAUGUACCUAGGGUCCCCUAAAGAAAAAUACUGUAACUUUUUUGUUGAAUACAUGCUUGUCUACCAGUUCUAGUAGAUCUUCUACCUCUUGACUGCCUUUCUGAUGAGGCCUGAAGCUUGCAUGGGAAGGAGGAUGCAGAAAACAGCAUCGUUGUGGCCCCACGCAAGGGCAGCAGAAGCAGAAUGCUUUCUUUGAUGGCUGACAGUCCCAGGAAGACAAGACCGGGUGUACGUAGCUCUCUUGGUAGUAGAUCAAGUGUUUGUAAUCUUACAGUAUCUUCAGAAAGUUUUAAGCUGAACUGGUUUGGUUUUGGAUUUUUUUGUGUGGUUUUACUUUGAUCAAUAGAAAGGCCAAAUAGUGAGAUAAUCUAAGGUGUCAAUGUAAUGGUAGAAUGUGGGAGUUUUGAAGUUAGGUGUCGUAUUUCCUUGCACCUGUACAAUUGGACAGCUAUAUAUUGAUAUAUGUAGCAUCUAUAUACCUAUAUAUAUUUGAUUAUUCAGACUGAUUGCGCCAUACUGUUGUUUCUAAGUUUAAGCAAAACUGCAAAACAUUUGUCUUGCUACUGAUUGCUCACUGUUUUGAAAUCUUGUCUACCUCCAUAAAUGCUUUAUUAGAAACCUUUUAUAUGGUGUUAUACUUCUUAACACUAAGGGAAUUUCCCCAAAUUGCAAGUAUAAUGAAGAUUAUAUUUGAGGGUAUUAAGCUAACUAAUGUGUGUCCUCGCCUCUAAUCUGGAGACAAAUCCAUCACAAGUUUCUUCUAAAUAAAUGCUGAAUUUCUGUGUUUAAAAUGAAGCUAUGAAAAUUAGUUUGCUUCUGCCUUGAUGGUAAAUAUUUAACUAAAUUCUAGCUAAUUGUUAUAUUUAGACAUUAAAGUAUGAAAUGCCAAUAAAUGAAAAUACUGCUUUAGUAAACUGUAACAGAAUACAUACAGGAAGUAAACCAAGUACAUUCCUGAUUACUUUUUCAGGCAAUCUGGUUGUGUUCAAUACAGUUUUAAAAUUUCUAGCCCUUAAUGCCAAGUUUUGUUGCCAUCAUAGCUGUGGUGUGGGUGGAAAAGCCAAACCAGAAAUGAGCAGAUCUAACUGUAAGCUACUUUGCAUGUUGUCAGUUAACUAUAAAUUGCAGCAGUCAUUGACUCAGCGGAACAAGCUACAUAAUUCAGAUAUUUUCAGGUAUUAUUCAUCAGUCUUAAAAUAGCACGUCUUGUUUCCUUGGAUUUUACUUUCAUCUGAAGAUUGGUUAAAUGCAGAACCUGAUGGAUAGCAAAAGCUACUGUAACCUCAUGGACAAGUUAUCCAUCUGUACUGAGACUCAGCGCAUACAGCUGGCUAAGCCUUUCUGUGCUGACCCAGUGGUCAUGUUUCAUGUGUACCCAGAAACACCAAACCAGAUCACUUGCUCUGAAGAUUUGUCAUCCCUUCCUUUCAUGUCUGAGCAACUCAUUGCAGAGAACUUCUACAGUGAGCCCUGCACGUUUCCCUACCAAAUGCCCCAUUCCAAUUACUGCAGAAGCGAGUACUCCUAUGGACCAGCUUUCAUCAGAAAGAGGAAUGAGAGGGAAAGACAGAGGGUUAAAUGUGUCAAUGAAGGCUAUGCUAAACUGAGGCAUCACCUACCUAAGGAAUACUUGGAGAAACGCCUCAGCAAAGUAGAGACACUCCGUGCUGCAAUAAAAUACAUUAGCUACCUACAGUCUGUUCUGUACAAUGAUUCUGUGGUGGCAGAAAAAAAUGUCAUGGAGCUAGGCCAAACACCUAAAGCAAUUAACAAACAAAACCAGUUUUUGAAGACGAUCUAAACUGUUUCAAACCAAGCAAAAAGUAUCCCAUCUGGGAACCUAGUAGCCACUAUAUUAUUAAUGAUGUGCAUGUUCCUGGCACAUCUUAGGAGCAGAUCAUAGCACGCGUCACUAUCAGCCCACAGAAAAGAAUUCUAAUUUUGCAGAUAGUAACUACACUUAGAUAUGAAAAAGACAACUGGGGAAAUAUCAUCUAAGUGGCUUUAGUUAAUUCAUGGAAAUCAGA